AUGAGUGUCACCUUAAACAUCAAUGGAAAAUAAGUUACUUGUAAACUAACUGAAACAUUUGGUGAUCUUUUUGAUGAAAAUGUUAAUUCUGGUAAAUUUUAAGAUAAAGUUUGGAAAAUAGAUGGUUAAAUAAAAUUAAAUAUCCUUAAAAACACAAAGUUAAAUUAAUUCAUUUAAGGAAAUGAAACUAUUUAAUGCUUAGUAAUUAAUAUUAUUAAAUAUUUUAGGAUAAAUAAUAAGCUAAUCAAUUUCCUAAUUAAAUUGGUUAAUCUGGUCCAAUUAUGGCACCUUAACCACAAUCACCCUUUAUACCCGUUGCAUAGCCUACACCAUCUUUUAUUUCUACUUAAUAACCAUCAUCACCAUUUUAAUAACAACAAUAAAUGUAAAAUUAACCAUAACCUGUAUUAAAUUAAUAAUAACCUUAAUUUCCAUCUAAAACAGGUCCUACAAAUGUAUAAAUUGCUCCAUUAUAAUAAUUUAAUAAACCAAAUAUUAGUGAAUAAUUAUAAAAAUAAGCAAAUUAAGUGAUAAUAAAUAAACCAAAUAUAAAAAGAUAAUAAAUAGAUGAUAGAAGUGGUCAAUAAGAAAUAAGGUAUUUUGUAUUAUAUAUUUAAAAGUAAAGUUAUCAACAGAUUUAAUAUUUAAAUUUCAGAAUAUGGAAAAAAGGUUAUAUUAGAAUUAAAUGAUGGUUCAUUCAAAGCAACAUUUUUAGAAGAAAAUGCUUCAGAAGUAUAUUUAUUUCUUAUAUUCAUUUAGGAUGAAUAAGAUAAUAUNAUAGAAUCGUAAAAUAUUAAUAUUUAUUAUCAUUUAGGAUCACAAUACCAGAAUUUGCUGAUCAUAACGCUCCUAAAUUCAAUAUAAUUUUCGAUUUAAAGCUAACUCAAGCAUAAUAAGUGAUUAAAUUAAGUACAUAAAAUGAAAGCAGUAAAAAUAAAAGGAUUGUAGGAACUCCAGAUUAAAUAGCUCCAGAAGUUUUAAAAGGAGAAUCUUUAACAAAUAGUAGUUUAGACUAUUGGAGUCUAUGA